AUGUCUCAGGACUUCUCUGGUGUUUCUCUCAAGGGCAAGACUGCCAUUGUCACUGGAUCCUCCAAAGGACUCGGAGCCGGCCUUGCGAUCCUUCUAGCAAAGCGAGGUGCCAAUGUCGUCGUCAACUACGUUUCAGAAAGCAGCGCGCAGCGCGCACAAGACGUGGUUGAUAAAAUCAACAAUGAGAUCGGAACGAGAGCUAUCCUCUGCCGAGCGGAUGUCAGCAAACCGGAGGGUAUCCAGCCGCUAGUUGACGCUGCUUUGGCAAUCAGCACGACCGGAAAGAUUGAGAUCUUGAUUCACAAUGCCGCCCAAGGUCUCGAAGCCAAUCUUCUUGAUACGACACCCGAAUUCUACGACACCCACUUCGACUGCAACGUUAAGGGCCCGAUCUUCCUGACCAAAGCCGUUAUCCCACACAUCGCGAAAGGCGGACGUAUUGUCUUCAUUUCAUCCGCCGGCGCCCGUCUCGGAGUCGCGGGUCAGACUGUGUACGCGGCCACCAAGGCGGCCAACGAGGCGCUGGUGCGCGUGUGGGCGAAGGAACUGGGCCAGUCUCAUGGAAUUACGGUGAACUGCGUGAACCCGGGACCGAUUGCCACUGAUCAAUGGUUCCAGAGCGAUGAGCAAUUCUUGAAGGACAUGCAGCCCUUGAUUGAAUCUACUCCUGCUGCUGCUCGAGUGGGAGAGGUUGACGACAUCGCGCCUUUGGUGGCAUUCCUGUGUAGCGAUGACGCGAGGUGGACUACCGGAUCUUGUCUGUCUGCCAAUGGUGGACUUUACAACUGA